AAUGCCAUUGGUUUUUGGACCUCAUCACCCAUAAAAGUUGGCAAAUGUUCAUUAUAUCAAGAUAGAUCUUUCCCUAAAAUAAUGCUACACCCACCUUCACAUUUCUAUGGUGGGUUUGUCCAUCUAAUUUCUUGAUUUUAUUUCUAUAUCUAUCUUCAGCAUUUUGCCUCAUUUGAGUUUAUCCAAAUAUACCCUCCACUUCUUUAAGGGUUUAUGCUCUCUCUUCUUAAUUCUUGAUAUAGCUGUAUUUUUAUUUGUUUUUGUCAUUUUUUUGUGUCGGUGAGUGAAGUUUCUGAGCUGCAAUGUUGGGGGCAAAAGACAGCUCUCAUUCUUCUCCAUACUCUAGUUUCAAGUGUGCUCCACAAGAAGGACAGUCUCCCAGGAAUCAUCAUCUUCUGAAUUCAUCUCCUAGGCCCUCUUCUCAAUCUCAAUAUAAGCCUUCAUCUGCAGAACUGGUGAAGGAAAUAACCAAUCUUGAGGGUGAAAUCAUAUACUUGGAACGGUAUAUUCUUUCACUUUAUCGAGCAGCUUUUGAGCAGCAUAUUCCUUCUUCACCUGGAGGAAGUAAAACCUCUUCACAGAAUAAAAGUGACACCGAAUCUCGGAACAGCUCUGAUAAAUGUUGUCUUGGACUGGAGCCUAAAUUGUGCAAAGAUAGUCCUGAUUAUUACAAUCAAAGCCUCCCUUUUACGCGUAACGUGGCCAAUUUAGAUGAUCAGAAAUAUGCUGCUACUCCAAAGUCAUCUUGUAAAAAGGGCUGGGCAACUGCUAAUCAAGGUCACCGAAGUCUGGCUGAACACCUUGUUACUUCUCGCAUGGAUGUUAACCUUAGCAAACCUGAUCGCCUUUCAGAAGACAUUAUCAGAUGCAUGUCGUCAAUAUACUGUAGACUUGCAGAUUCUGCAGAUUCCACUCCAAGGAAUACAGGCCUUUCAGCUUCAUCUAAUUCGUCCCUGUCCUCCUCAAGUACAUUAUCUCCCAGGAAUCUUUCUGAAAAUUGGAGCCCUCAUUUCAAUGAAGAAACUGGAGGGAGUCAAAUACAGGGCUUGAAAGAAGAUAGCAGCAAUUUGGCAGCCAAAAUGCUACAAAAUUUCAAGUUGCUGGUGAAAAAUCUUGAGAAGGUUGAACCACUGAAAAUGACGCGUGAGGAGAAGCUUGCAUUUUGGAUAAAUAUCCACAAUGCUUUGGUGAUGCAUGCGCAUUUGGCCUACGGGACUUCAAAUUAUGUGAAAAGUAAUGCAAUUCUGAAGGCAGCUUAUACUAUUGGUGGCCAAUACAUAAACGCAGACAUUAUACAAAGCUCCAUUUUAGGAAUCAGAUCACACUAUACAGCACCGUGGCUGGACACCCUGCUGUCUCCAGGAAAGAAGUCUAAAGCUGUGAACUCCAAACAUGUAUAUUCAAUCGACUACCCUGAACCACUCGUUCAUUUUGCACUUUGUUCAGGGGCAUUCUCUGACCCUUCUGUACGAGUUUACACAGCAGACAACAUCUUCAAAGAUCUCAGACUUGCUAAAGAAGAGUUUAUACAGGCUAAUGUGUAUGUUCAUAAGGAAACAAAAGUAUGCCUCCCAAAAAUGCUGGAAGAUUUUGCGAAGGACAUGUCAUUAAAUAUGACUGGCCUUUUAGACAUAGUUAGCGCAUGUCUAUCAGAAGCUGAGAAGAAAGCUAUCGCGAGAUGCAUUAAAGGUAAACCUGAGAAAUGCAUCAGCUGGUUAGGGCAGAACUCCAAAUUUGGAUAUGUGAUUAACAGAGAAGCAGUAGGGGAGAGAAGAUUGUCUGUCUAGGCAUACGAGUUUUAUUUUGUAUUUUAUAAACCAAACAUACAAGGAAGUAGAGUCGGGGAGGGUAAAUUAUGAGUGAGCGUUGCCAGUACUUGAAGGAGUAGAAAGGAUUUCCAUGAAGAUCUUGGCUUGAGGUUUGUUUUAUAUAGAGGCCUUAAUAAUAAAGUUUUUAUUAUGUUUUGAUAGAGGGAUGUAAAAAUUGUAUAGGUUUGUGAUGGAGUGAUGUAAAUGGAACAGGCUAGUGAUUUUGUUAUGUUUGAGACUUGUAUUUAAACCUCCUUUUAUGGUUUAUUCCAAAAAAAUCUCAAUCUGUUCCUAAA